AUGCUCAAGUUCAAGGCCCUGAUCUUCAACGUGGUGCACAGGCAGGCCGCGGCCUCAACUUCGACAAGCCCAGCGAGCACCGGGCAGCACUUGUUCACAACUGGGCCCCCGAGCCCAAUGUGGACGAUCCCGCCCAGCAGAUCCACGCAGGCCCCCAGCUUCAACGUGUCGAUGGGGCACGUGUCCUUCUUCGCCGGCGGAGGUGGGCAGGCCGCCGGCGACGGUGACUUCCCCGACCCGCCGCCGGUCACCGGAGGGACGGUGGGGAUGUUGGGAAUGGGGACUUUGGGGACGGUGACCGGAGGGAGUUUGGGGAGGUGGAUUGGGGGGAGCUUGAUUGGGCCUGGGCCCUUGGAAGGGGAUUUGGGCUUUGGGUUGGGCUUCCGGCCGCCGCAGCGGCCGCAGGAGGAGAGGAUGGGAGUGGCGGAGGAGAGGAAGAGCAUGAAGAUUAGGAGAAGGGCGGCUGAGGAUUUGGAGGAAGACUCCAUUUUUGGGGAUUAUUGUUCUUUUUUUUUAUGGGUGAAUGAAGGAAUGUGGAGUGGGUUUGGAGGAAGUGCAUGUGUUUAUAUAUAG